GUGCGCUGUGUCCCCCGGACACAGCGGAUCACUGAUCCAAGGAAAGAGCCGAAGAUGUCGGCUCGGUCAUGUGAUCAGCUGUGUCCAAUCACAGCUGAUCACAUGGGACAUGUACACAGAUCAUCAGAGCACUGAUGAUCAGUGUGCCCUGAUGAUCUGUGUAACCCCAGUGCCACCUGUCAGUGUCCAUCAGUGCCAGCUCUCAGUGCUCAUCCAUGUGCCAGUGCCCAUCAGUGCCACAUUUCAGUGCCCAUCAGUGCCACAUCAAUGCCACAUAUCAGUGCCCAUCUGAGCUGCCUUUCAGUGUCACCCAUCAGUGCCAGUCAAUGCCACCUAUCAAUGCCAGUCAGUGUCACCUAUCAGUGCUGCCAGUCAGUGCCGCCUAUCAGUGCCAGUCAGUGCCGCCUAUCAGUGGGCAUCAGUGCUGCUUAUCA